AGAUUGCCGUCAAACGACGUGAUUUUGAAAUUUUUUCUUUCGCUCUUGGCGUGCUUAUUGCGUGGGUUACCUCUCGUUUUGAAACUUUUUAUGAAACGACAUUGGCAGCUGGUCUCAAACAGUUUGCCAAUAACGUAAUUCGUCGCGAUCCGCUCAGUACUCGCCCCUCCAUCAGCGUAGAUGACAAGAACGAGAGAGAUAUUUUAGUUUUGUGAUUACAAGUUGGAUCUCGGUGAAUGGACAAGUAAUUAUUUCAUCGAAUAUAUAAAAGUGAUAAUUCCAGUGAUGAACAUCGUCGAGAGAUCGCCACCAAACGCGCAGUGAUUAUUAAAUUAUCCACUAAUUCGAUUUGUGUCAUUUAAUUACGAGUGAUUUACCAGUCGGCCAUCUCGAUUGUGAGUGCAUGCAAAUAAUUAUGAAGAUUGAACAAAUUCUUAGUGAAGUUAGAAUCUGCAUUAACUCCCAUCGCAAUACCACAUGAGCCGUCAUUGACCCGGAGGCUUUCUCGGAAGUUGUCAAAUGUGUCAUGAAAAUGAACUUGAGUCAGUGUGAAUACAGUUGCUGCGGUUCCACGAUUCUAAUCUCUGACGACCAAUAAAUCGCGUAGCAUUGAAAAAACGGAUCGGAGCCCUCGUAUUUCCUACUUUUUCUCCUCGGUACGAGUUCAACGUCAAAAGUGGUUUUAAAAGAAGCAGCGAGCACGGCUGCUCAUUUGCUCAGUCACAAGAGCUGCGAAGAGCUUGAAAAUUCAGGCCAAUUAGACGAGUGCCGGCUAACCGAUCAUCCGGAUGAUAGCAUGGUGUGAGAGAAAGUGAGGGAAAAAGAGAAGGAAAGAUCGUACACGCGGCAACAAGGUAGCGUAUAUAAGCAUACAUGCUAUACCGAUGUAUUUAUUUCCAUCACACACGGUGAGGGCCCUACCUGGAAAAGCUGCCGCAAACGUUUAUGGUCCAUAAAAUGGCUGACGAAAAACGAUCGCCAGGCGUAUCAUCGGCAAAAAAAUCGGGACAGCAGGGAUAUCCGAACGACUGUAAGAAGGUGCUCGCGGCAAUAUCGGGACUCGUACCCGCGGCUCCCUAAUUUCGAAAUUGUUGUCUGUAUACGAAAGCGGUACCAGUAGGAAGAGAGGUAACCACGAACGGGUGCCGUAGGAUACACUUAUAUCCGGCCCUCCCAAAUUUCACAUCCGCGAUUUGUCGGCCAUUGUUGAUGCAACCCGGCCAGCGUAUUACGGUUUUGUACGUAUACCAAUCAACUCUCAGCAACUAAUACUUAGAAUCGCCCUAAAAAACCCUGGCCCUCGGAUCGCUUGGAUGUUGAAUUCACCUAAGAAAAUACUCCGUGGCUGUGGUAUUGCAUAUGCGAUCCCUCGAUGUGUCAGUGGUACGGAACCGUCAUUCUCAUGUCAGCGAAGUUCAGAAACUUUAGAGACGAGAACAAUAGAGGCAAUCGGUAUAUAGUCGCGUGCGCGGAGCCCUUGAAGUAAUAAAUCGAACGAAAGAGUUCUAGGUACUCGAUAAAACGAAACUUGGAAUCCUUAACAUGUCGGACCGCGGGGGUGACAGUGACAUAGAUCCAUCGGAGGAGAUAAACGUCGAUGACCUUGAUUCGCGAAGCUGCAGUCCUCGGAAUUACGUGAAUUCAUCGUCGACGAACAACAACGGUAACGCGAACGAGCUACCGUCGGAAUGUUCAAACUCGCCACCACCAAGCGGUCACACGAAAGGACACUUGCAGAACGAUGUGUCGCCGCGCAGUCAUCCGUUCAGUAUAAGUCGUCUGCUGGGCGAGAGCCGAGGGGAUCAGGGCAACAACGCGAAGAGUCCGGCGCCAUCGGAUGAUCUCGACAGCGACAAGGAGAGAAGAACAUCGUGGACUUGGGAGGACGCUAAUAACAGAAAUUCGAACAUCGAAGAUGGAAGAAGAUCGUGGGGCGUGGAGCUCGAGGAAAAAAUGUCCGAGAAGGACGACGACGACACGGGAAGUACGCCGGAAAUGCACUCGAACAGCUCGGUCAUGCAUCCCGCUGAUCUUCUCGCACCGUUCCGAAUGUUCCCUGGCGGAUCGGGAUUGAUCUAUACGGGUGGUGGCGUUAUCAGAGUCCCGGCACACAGGCCACCGGGCACAAACGGCGGUCCCGGUGGCGGGCUUCCCGGGCAGGGAAUUCUGCCACCCUGGAGCCUCCAGGCACUCCAGCAUAGUCAACAGCAGGCGGCAGCAGCGGGUCUCCACAGAGCCAGUCUCCUCGCCAAUCUUGCUGCUCACCCGCUCCAAGCCCAUCCUCAUUUGAAGGAUCGUCUUGCAGUAGCCGGAGCAUUUCCGAGGCGGAUCGGUCAUCCUUAUCAGAACAGAACGCCGCCAAAACGGAAGAAGCCGCGAACGAGUUUCACGAGGCUCCAGAUAGCCGAACUUGAGAAACGUUUUCACAAACAAAAGUACCUGGCAUCGGCGGAAAGAGCAGCACUCGCCAAGUCCCUGAAGAUGACGGACGCUCAGGUGAAAACGUGGUUUCAAAACAGGCGUACGAAGUGGAGGCGACAGACAGCGGAGGAGAGAGAAUCUGAGAGACAAGCGGCGAAUCGUUUGAUGCUUUCGCUGCAAGCGGAAGCGCUCGGAAAAGUUGGUUAUCCGAGUGCGAGCCACCCAUCGGCAGGUUCGGUGGCUAAUUUGGAGGGUCAACAAGGCCCACCGCCCCUGGCUCACACGGUGGCCCAGUGGGCCUCGCCCUACGGACCACCGCAGCCUCUGGCUGAGCCCAUUUGUUGAGGAGGAUAAACGUUUCGAGAAAAAACGAUAUUUCAUUCCUCACCUAUCGAGGAAAUUUCAUUGAAGAAAAAAAGAGAAAGGAAAAUAGUCCGAAUGAAUUGUUUUUUUUUUCUUUUUUUUUUUCGAAACACCGACUUUUUCAAAUUCAAUAUUCCCUCGAGAUGCAUUGCAUAUCUCUGUAAAUAAAAUAAAGCGUAAAGAUUCUUCUAUUGUACGAUAAUCGUGUGCGUAUGAGUGUGAAAGAAAACAAAACAAAUUUACUUCGUUUCGUCCCCCCAAUUUUUCCUCAGAUUCAUCCAAAAUACUGCGAAAUCAUCGAAAAAUGCUCGAAACUCACGUGCGAAUGCGACUUUCGAAAGCGAUUCAAAUAGUCUCUUUUGUAAAUAUACGAACUACGUUAUUUGAUGCUUCUAAAAAGCACAUAGCAUAAUCAUAACGAAAUUAUGAAUAAUUAUUCUAUCGAUUGAUAUCAUUCGUCGGAAAUGAUGAUUAAAAAAACGACACACGUGCAUAUACGUUUAAUACUAUAUACAAUUAUACAUAAAUAUAAAUAAAUGAAUAAAUAAAUAAAUAAAUAAAUAAAUAUAUAUAUAUAUAUAUAUUAUAUAUAGAGAUUAAUGUAUAACGAGCUAUGUGAUGUUACGUACCUAUAAGUGUAAUGUUGUAUAUAUUAUAAAUAUUCAGGAAACAUAAA